UCUUUUCACUUUCUAAACUCCCUCCCUCCUCAUUUCCCCAAACUCAGUAGUAAGCCACCCCUAAAACCCCUGCCCAUCUCUCUCUACACAAUUUCUCUCUCGCUCAUGGCAUCCCUUCAAAACAUCUUCCCUCUUGUUUUAAGCCUACUGGGUCUCCUCCUUCUCUCUUCACCUCUGUCUCACUCCAUGUCCAUCCAUGACCUCCUCAGAACCAAAGGCUUACCUGCUGGUCUCCUUCCCAAGGAAGUCCAGUCCUACACUCUCUCUGAAUCUGGGCUUCUGGAGGUCAUCCUAGAUGGCCCUUGUUUAACCAAAUUCGACACCAUGGCCUUCUAUGAAAGCGUUGUCACCGCCAAUUUGACAUAUGGUGGUCUCACUGGAGUUCAGGGUAUGUCUCAGGAAGAGCUUUUUCUAUGGUUACCAGUCAAGGGCAUCAUUGUCAAUGAUCCUAAGUCAGGUCUUAUCUUGUUUGAUAUUGGCGUCGCUCACAAGCAGCUUUCUCUUUCGCUCUUUGAAGAUCCACCCAAUUGCAAACCCCAAGGUGUUCUGGAGGUGAAUGCCAUGAAGGAGAAGAGAUUUGAAGCUUAAAGAUAGAAGGAGAUUCCACUCAUAUUUGUUACUUUAAUUUUCUGUGUGUGUAUAUAUAUAUAUAUACUAGUGAUGAUAUAUAUAUAUGGUUGGUUUAAUUAGGAUGUUUCUAAGAUGUUGGUGUGUCUAAAGAUUUUGGAAUCGGAUCUCCUCAUCGGAGUUGAAGUGCUAAUGUUUCUAACUUUUUUUUUUUGAAAUUCCUGUGCCCUAAUCUCGAAAGAUUAGAUUACACCCGAAAGCAAAGGAUCUAUAAUAUCUCAUUUAUCCUUUUGUUAUAGUAAAUCUCAUUUUGAGUUGAGUGAAAGCAAUUGGUUGUGUUUCCAUUUCAAUUCAGUA